UCACUUGAAAGUAGGCCUUUGUUUAAAUUCCCUUUGUUAUUUUAUUUUAAAAAAAUUUAUCUUUAUUUUGCUCGACUCGAUUCAACACUGGACAAAGCGCAUAGAGUUUUUGGCCGGAGUUUUGGUCUUAUAUUCGCCGGGGAAGUUUGUGUGUUUCCCGGCGAGAAAUGCGAGUGAAAAGAGAGAGAAGAAGAUGUCGACGUACGAAUCGAUGCAGCUUUCCUCAACACAGAGCUCUCGAAACCGACGUCGAUCUUCGGCCUCCGUCUAUGGGUCGUGAUCGGAAUCUUACUCGGAUCUCUCAUCGCCAUCGCUCUCUUCCUUCUCUCCCUCUGCCUAACCUCCCGCCGCAAAACUCGAAAACCGAGAAGAGCCGGUUUCUCCUCCGCCGCCGUAGCUACGCCGCCGAUGAUAUCCAAGGAGAUAAAAGAGAUCGUUCCGGGGGAGAUCCAGGUGGAUAUAGGGAAGGUGGAGCACAGAGUGGUGUUCUCAGCCUCUCGAGUGUCGAGUGGAGAGAGCAGAGGAACUGCGAGUGCUGCUGCCAGCGAGACGGCGUCGUUUUCAGGAAGCGGAAACGUUGGGCCUGAGGUUUCGCAUCUCGGGUGGGGACGGUGGUAUACUCUGAGGGAGCUUGAGGCGGCCACGAACGGGCUCUGUGAAGAGAUUGUGAUCGGGGAAGGUGGUUACGGGAUUGUGUAUCGUGGGGUUUUGAACGAUGGAACUAAAGUCGCCGUCAAGAACUUGCUUAACAACAUGGGUCAGGCGGAAAAGGAGUUCAAAGUAGAGGUGGAAGUGAUUGGGCGUGUACGACACAAGAAUCUCGUUAGGCUUUUAGGUUACUGCGUUGAAGGUGCUUACAGGAUGCUGGUGUAUGAAUUUGUGGAUAAUGGCAAUUUGGAGCAAUGGAUUCACGGUGAUGUUGGCGAUGUUGGCCCUCUUACUUGGGAUAUCCGUAUCAACAUUAUACUCGGGAUGGCUAAAGGAUUGGCGUAUCUACACGAGGGUCUUGAACCAAAAGUAGUUCAUCGGGAUAUCAAAUCGAGCAAUAUAUUACUUGAUCGCCUAUGGAAUGCUAAGGUUUCGGAUUUUGGACUUGCUAAGCUCUUGGGUUCCGACAGCAGUUAUGUUACAACCCGUGUCAUGGGAACCUUAGGUUAUGUAGCACCGGAAUAUGCGUGCACCGGGAUGUUAAACGAGAAGAGUGACAUCUACAGCUUUGGAAUAUUAAUCAUGGAGAUCAUCACCGGAAGAAACCCUGUUGAUUAUAGUAGGCCUCAAGGCGAGACGAAUCUAGUGGAUUGGCUGAAAACAAUGGUAGGAAACCGAAGAUCAGAAGAAGUAGUUGAUCCCAAAAUACCAGAGCCGCCAUCAUCAAAGGCUCUUAAACGAGUGUUGCUCGUUGCUUUGCGUUGUGUGGAUCCUGAUGCAAACAAGCGACCUAAAAUGGGACAUAUCAUUCAUAUGCUUGAAGCUGAAGACUCACUCUAUCGCGAUGAACGCCGAACAACAACGAGGGACCAAGGAAGUCGCGAAAAGCAAGAGACAGCGGCUAGUGAAAGCGGCGAGAGCGGUUCAAGGCAUCAUCAGCAAAAGCUAAGAUGAAAAAAGAGUCACUUGAGUGAUUUUGCUUCUAACACGACCAUUCUAUUUGCAUUGAUUCUUCUUAUUAUAUGUCAAUAACAUAAUAUUUUCAUUCUUGGGCUCUCGAGUCUUGCCUUGCCUUGCCUUUGCUUUUCUUUUUGUUUUUAAUUUAACUUUUAGCAAUUUAAUUUUUAUAUUUGUAAUCAUAUUUGUGUUUUUUGUAAUCAUAUUUUGGUAUACUAUUUUUUAAAAAUAUUAGUAAGAAGUUUUGAUAAUUGUAUUGAA